UGGACAGCUAGCUGACAUACGUGUUGCCCGGCUUGACCAUCUUCGACUACAAACAUACCAGACGCCUGAAGAGGACCAUCAUGAGAUGUGCCGUGCUCGUCUUGCUGCUGGCAGUUCUGGCGGCGGGGAGCCACUUCCGUGGAACUACCAUCUCCUGGAGGGCGGACAAAAGCACCACUGGCCUGGUCCAUUUCUCCUUCAGGAUAGCGUGGAGAAGGUCGUCAUCAAACAGCGAUUGUACUCAGAAUAGUAUAGUAGAUGGAACUCUUCACGGGGCUGACGAAAAUUGGUCCACCCAGCAAGAAGGCGCGCUCUCAUCUACUCGGUACUACUGCACUGACUUCAGCGUCAGCGAGGACUGGGCGACUGGGGGGAACACCUUCGACUAUGUCUUUAACGAUGCAACACCGCGGAUAGUGUACUAUGGGGCUUGCUGUUGGAUCAAUGUGAAUGAACGCGGAUCAGGAAGCUGGUACGCCAAAACUGUGGUUGACCUUUCGCCCAGGAGUGACACUGGCCAGCCGAACUCUUCGCCAAUCAGCGCAAGUGCACCGAUUGUGAGAAUUAUACAACAGUGCGACUCUAUAAUCCGUAUCCCGGUGGAGGACCCGGAUGGAGAUGCUGUGAGGUGCAGGUGGGGUAGUGGAACCGACGAAUGCGGUGGCGUCUGUGGUGCUCUGCCUAAUGUGAACCUGGACGAGGGAACGUGCACCUUGCACUACACAGCUGCGGGAGGAGGGAUGGCAACAGGCUGGUGGGCCAUUGCUCUCGUCCUGGAAGAUUUCGUCCGCAGCCCGUCCUGUUCCUCUCCUCCUUUUCCCGCAUCGUGUGGUCCCUUCACCCAGAUACCACUUCAGUUUCUGGCUUUUGUUGAAUCGUCCAAUGUACCCUGCAAUCAACGGCCAGAGCUUAUUGGCCAGACGCCUGAUGACCAGGAUUGCAUCGGCAUUCCUCCCGGCGACACGUACACUGCAGUCAUUCAAGCGGAGGCAGGGCGUAGCGGAGUAACGAUCAGCGAAAUACUAACGACUUCGCCCAUCGGUCUGACCAAGUCCAGCCUGGCGGUUGAUCCGAACAACCCACAGCGUGCCUCCGUCACGGUCACAUGGACACCAACGGCACAACAAGCCGGGCAGCACAUUUUCUGUUUCCGUGCAAAGGACUCCUUUGGCUUUGAGUCCAGCCAAAGAUGUGUGACACUUUUAGCAGGAGCAACUGGAAAUAACAAUCCCCCUGCCGCCAUGCUGCAAACACGUACUCCAACUCACCAGGUCGACAUCACUCAGCAGAUUACAUGGUCAUUGACUUUUGACAUCAAGCCUGAACUGCCAUCAACACCCAAGUACAUACGGUUCUUUGACGACACGGACAUGGAGGUCCAUACCAUCGACACCAGCAGUUCGUCUGAUGUCCAGAUCUCGGGCAACACCCUCAGCUUCACGACAGCUCCGAACGUGAUCGGCCAAGGCAACCACUACAUCCUGAUGGACGCCGGUGUGGUAGUGAGCCCGGCCAACUGUGCGGCCAGCGGCCCUCCCUUUGUCGGCAUCAGUAGCAGGAGUACAUGGACGUUCUCUGAUACCGAUGAGUGUGCAAGUGGAACCGACAACUGCAGCCCCCAAGCCUCCUGUACCAACACAGCCAGCGGUUUUACAUGCGCUUGUAAAGCAGGCUACACCGGCAACGGUGUUUCCUGUACUGACAUCAACGAAUGUACUGCUGGGACCCACAACUGCAGCGCCCGAGCCUCCUGUACCAACACAGACGGUGGUUUUAACUGUGUAUGUAACGUGGGCUAUAGCGGCGACGGCAUCACUUGUACCGACAUAGAUGAAUGUGCGGCUGACCCCGGCACAGCCAACUGCAGCGCCCAAGCCACCUGUACCAACACUGACGGUUCUUUUACCUGUGCUUGUUACUCCGGAUACACUGGCGACGGUGUCUUCUGUCUUGACAUCGACGAGUGUGCGGCUGGUACCGACAACUGUAGCGCCCAGGCCUCCUGUACCAACAUGCCGGGCAGUUUUACCUGUGCUUGUGACUUUGGCUACAUCGGCGACGGUGUCAAUUGUACUGACAUCGAUGAAUGUACGGCUGGUACCAACAACUGCAAUGCGCAAGCCUCCUGUACCAACACAGUCGGCAGCUUUUCCUGUGUAUGUAAUUCAGGAUACAGCGGCGACGGCGUCAACUGCACUGACAUUGAUGAAUGUACAACUGGUACUGACAACUGCAGCCCCCAUGCCUCCUGUUCCAACACAGCCGGUGGUUUUACCUGUGGUUGUCACUCAGGCUACACUGGCGACGGUGUCUCCUGUGCUGACAUUGAUGAGUGUGCCAAUGGGACCGACAACUGCAGUCCCCAAGCCACAUGCACCAACACAGUCGGUGGUUUUACCUGCGCAUGCCAUUCAGGCUACGGCGGCAACGGCGUCAUCUGUACUGAAAUUGAUGAGUGUGCCAAUGGUGCCGACAACUGCAGUCCCCAUGCCUCCUGCACCAACACAGUCGGUAGUUAUACCUGCGCAUGCCGUUCAGGCUACAUGGGCGACGGCGUCAACUGUACAGGGCUCUCCAACUUAACGUUCACCGAUGUCGGGAUGGACUACGUCUCGCUAUCAUGGACGGCGCCGACUGACCUCCUGAUAAUGGGGUACCGGGUCCGGUACAGCAGCACAAGUGGCUCGCACCGAGACCUCCAUCCCCCGCCCUCAGCUAACGACACCACAGCCACUGUACUGGGACUCUGGGCACAGACAGAGUACACCUUCACUGUCACUUCGUUUGGCGUGAACGACACGAAGAAUGGGGAAAUCAGCGGGACGCAGAUGACAGCUGACGUGGAAGUGAACGUGGUGUGUAGUCAGGAUCAGAUGCAGCUGUCCUUGCCUAGAGCGGCCCUGCCUGGCGUAUUUGUGGACAAUAUGCACCUGUUGGACGACACCUGCCGAGCCACAGUCAAUCCCACAGAGGUGACGGUGCAGACUGGUCUUCAAGAGUGUGGGACCUUUCAAAAUGUUUCAUCAGAUGACAAAUUUACCUUCAUCAACGAGGUCAUCGCCAGACAAGUGGUAUAUGACAAUGGCGCUGUCAGGGGCACGCCUUUCAGGAAACGGUUCCACUGUGAGUUUCUCCGUCGGUACGAGGUCUCGGGAAGACAGAUCCUGUACAACAUUCCAUCCCCUCGUGUGCAGGUUGUGAAUGCGAACAACAGCUUUAUCUUUGAGAUGCACAUGUAUACAUCUGCGGACUUCAGCGCUUCCUACAAUUCGGACAACUUUCCUCUUCAGGUAUUGCCGACUGACCGCAUCCACUAUAGCCUGAGCGUGCGUUCACCUCUGAGUAACCUGGAGCUGUUCGCCCUGGACUGUGUCUCUACUCCCACCAUGGACCCUGACGACUCACCGAGAGUCAUCAUCAUUCAGGACGGUUGUGACAUCGAUACCACCCUGACGAGGGACAGCGCCCGUUCUACUGACAUGGCACUGUACUUUUCCAUUACAGCCUUCACCUUUCCAAACGCCGCCGAUCCCAGUCUGGUAUAUCUCCAUUGCACCAUGGUGAUCUGCCUGAAGGAUGACGUGAACUCCCGGUGCAGGCAGGGCUGCAUCCCCGCCAGACGCCGCAGGGACGUGGCGGGAGAGGACCGGGUCCGACGCGACAGUAGCAAUGACGUUCAGCAGUCUGUCACCCAAGGACCAUUCCGGAUCGUCAGGGAACAAGACGCAGGCAUCAAAUAA